ACAAAAUAAAAAAGCAGGACUUAGCCUCUCACUCUCUCUCCCUUCCAGCACCAUUGCUUUGCUUCUUGCGGCUGCACUUCUCUCUGCAGCCUAAUAUACCAAAGCAUAUCCCGUUCCUCUUCUCUCUCGAAGGAAGACUCUUCCAUAUCUGACACGCUGGUUCAAGAAAUCGAGAUGAACAACGGCGGGGAAUCCUACGGUUUGAUUGAGACGCAGUACAUAAGGAGGCAUCACAGGCACGAGCCGAGGGACAACCAGUGCACUUCAGCUCUAGUUAAGCACAUAAGGGCUCCCGUUCACCUUGUUUGGUCGCUGGUUAGAAGAUUUGAUCAACCGCAGAAGUAUAAACCAUUUGUUAGCAGAUGUAUUAUGCAAGGGGACCUUGAUAUUGGGAGUGUAAGAGAAGUAAAUGUUAAAUCUGGCCUUCCUGCCACAACCAGCACGGAGAUGCUCGAGCAACUUGAUGAUGAGGAACACAUUCUUGGCAUUAGGAUCGUUGGUGGUGACCAUAGGCUGAGGAACUACUCCUCUAUAAUCACAGUACAUCCGGAGGUCAUUGACGGGAUGGCUGGAACGAUGGUGAUCGAAUCAUUUCUGGUGGAUGUGCCUGAUGGGAACACCAGGGAUGAAACUUGCUACUUUGUGGAGGCCCUGAUCAGGUGCAAUUUAAGCUCCUUGGCUGAUGUGUCUGAGAGCAUGGCAGUUCAGCUCGGAUCAACCACUAAUUAUGUUUAGGUGAGAAGGAUGCUGGGAUUUAGACAAUCACACGUUUCAUCCCAUUCUUAUCUCAAGGUCUGAUGUGGGGACUGGUUGGAGCGUUUUUCCUUCCAUGUUCUUUGGAAGUCUUGAAUGGGUUUCUUGUGCAUUAUUCUUCCAUAUCAUGGGUACCACUUUACUCUCCCAUCUCUUCCUCCUUCUUCCAUUACUGUGUAUUCCCCGUUAGAACAGCCGAGUUUCCCUUCUUCAGUCAUCAAAAGAUAUUCAGCUUCAUGAGCACUCAAUGAUGGAAGUGCGGAAGUUCUUUUGUUCCCCCUCCCCCUUUGACCUCCCUACCUAUUUUUCCUGGUAUUUUGUGCUCUGUAUUUUGCUACUAAUGCUAUCUUUAUGUAUGUAUGCGUGUGUAUAUACGUGUGUGUGUAUAUAAUGGAGGAGCCUUUUUAUAUUAUAUAGCAAGUUUUCGGCACAUUCAAGGAGUUAUUGUGCUUGCUCUUCU